CUACAGUUGCUAAAGUGAUUGACAAAUUUGAGGAUGAAACUGCAGAUGACAUUUUGCCUGUUGGUAAUAUACGGAAAAAAGCUUCAGCCUCUCUCUUAGAAGCUGAUAAAAGGUACAGUGGAAAAGCUACAUCCCGCAAAGCCUUGCAGGAAGAACUCUGGGGAGAUGCUCUGUCUGAAGAAGGAUCAGCUGAAGAAGCAUUAGAUGAAUGGUACAGUGGCAGUGAAGAUGCAGAAGAGAGUGGCAGUGAAGGUGGAGAAGAGAAUGGCAGCUUGGGAAGUAAAACAAAGGAGAAGCCCAGCAGUGCUGGCAGUGACCAGGAGGAUGACUUGGAAGACGAAGAGACAGAUCCAUCUGUCAGUGCCAAGGCACACAAGUUCAGUUUCCAGAAUAUUACAGACUUUGAGAAAUUCACAGAGGGAAUGGAUGAUGUAGGAAGCAGUGAGGGGGAAGAUGAAGAUGAUGCCAGCAUGGAAGAAGGAAGCGAUGAGGAGGAAUACGAGAGUGAAAACCAUGACAAUAUAAAGGAGACCAAAGACAGUGAAGGUGAUGGGGGGCUGAUGACAUUCUCAAAAGGACGAGAGACUGAAGAAGUAGAAAAAGGAAAAGCUGUGAAGAACCAGCUAGCACUGUGGGAUCAACUGUUGGAAGGAAGAAUCAAGAUGCAGAAGGCACUUGUAACAGCCAACCGGCUUCCGCAGCCAGAUACUUACCCGAUCUUCAGAAAGGAAGGUGGACAAGAAUUUGACAACGCUGUCGAAAGCUGUUGUAAAGCCCUGGAGGCAUUGCUGAAAGUCUUAGUGGAACUUCAGGAUGAGCUGCUCUAUCAAUACCCAGGCACAAGGCAUCUGGUAGAUGGAAAGCAAUCAAAACCAGAGAGUGAUGAUGAAAUCCCUAGCAGUAGCGAUGAAGAGCAAGUGGAAAAGGCUCAGGAGAAGAGGAGGAGCCUCCCCAAGCGAAAGCUAAAGAUGGAGGACUACCCAGAAUUCGUAGCCAAGCGGUACGCUGACUUCAGGACAUAUCGGAACAGCGUCUUGCAGAAGUGGCAUGAGAAGACAAAGCUGGCAUCUGGCAAAAUGGGAAAGGGUUUCGGUGCCUUUGAGCGUUCAAUCUUGACUCAGAUUGAUCAUAUUAUGAUGGACAAAGAGAGAUUGCUACGGCGGACACAGACCAAGCGAUCAGUGUAUACAGUGCUGGGAAAGAAGGAACAGGAAUCUCAUCCGGUCCCUGAAUCUGUGCCUGAAAAUUCGGAAGUCCUCCUGCAGUCAGAUUCCAACAGGCACCUGAAGGACAUAGAUGAGGAGAUAUUUGAUGACGAUGACUUCUAUCAUCAGCUCCUUCGAGAAUUCAUAGAACGUAAAACCACUUCAUUGGACCCCAAUGACCAGGUGGCGAUGGGCAAGCAAUGGCUGGCCAUCCAGAAGUUGCGAAGCAAAAUAAAGAAGAAAGUGGACAGAAAAGCCAGUAAAGGAAGGAGAAUCCGGUAUCAUGUCCAUAGCAAGCUGGUGAGCUUCAUGGCGCCUAUUGACCACUGUACAAUGAAUGAUGAUGCCAGGACGGAGCUUUAUCGUUCGCUCUUUGGAAAAAUCACGAAUCCUGAAGAACCGCAGCAGAAUUAG